UUGCCACCAGAUCUGAAAGCCAAUUAUCCAAUUAGCGGCGUUAGAGAAGGGGUCGUCCUUGCUACGUCAAUUUCCCACUUAGCGAGGAACACGUGAAUUAGUUUCUCUACUUAGACACAUGUAAACGGGCCAUUCGUGUCCUCACAGAAACACUGUGUGUGAAAAAAGAGAAACAGAACUAUGCACGCUUUGGUGAACGCCUUCAUGCGCUGCCUCUCCUUCCUCUUGCCUCCCUCUUGGCUUUGUGUCAGCUUUUGCUUGUGGGUUGGGAAUGAGUGCGAAGAGACGCUGCCGCGGCCCAAUCCCAGAGCUCGUUUCAAAGGCAGAAAGCCUCCUACAUAUGAGGAAGUAGCAGCAGUAGCAGCAGCAGCAGCAGCAGUAGAAGCACAAGGAGGCUCCACUCCGUCGGUCUCACCAGGUCCAGGCUGCGUCUCGCUGGCUGCUACAAGCCCCGCUGCUCCUCAGGGCCCUCCACCGGGUCGGAUCUGGAUCGGGGGUCUCUGGCGAGCCGUGGAGCGCGUCUUCGGAGCCCCCUGGGUCCUUCUCCGCCAUCACUGGUGCCCGAAGCAGCGUCGAGCAGCUUUACGCACCCCGUAUCCUGUCUGUGCCUUCGAGUCGAGCAAGAUUAAGACCAUCCAGGGAGGCGCUGCUGCUGCUGCUACAACCGAGGAGAGGAAGGGAGCGGGUGGAAGCACCUUGACUUAUUCGAGGAACAUGAGCGGUUCUGUGGGGAUCCCCAGUCCGAGCCCACCGGUGUGCGCCUCAGAUGCGUCAGCGGAGCAGGGCAUCGGUGAGGUAAUCACUGUGGAUCAGCACUCGCAGGAGAUGGGGACGGUGACGAUAACAGUGGCCAUUCAAGCGGCGGAGGACGAGGAACCCGAGGAAGUGUCAUCAAACAUUAUUGACUUCCUCGGCGGCAGCUGCAGUGAGGACGAAAUCGGAAGAUAUGACAAAUCAAGCGGGGCCGGGACCAGUGGAGGAGAGCUGGAGGAGGAGAGCUGGCAGCCCCCAGAUCCAGAGCUCAUUCAGAAGCUGGUGGCUCAGAUCGAACACUACCUGUCCGAUGAGAACCUGGAGCACGAUGCCUUCCUGCUCAAACAUGUCAGACGUAACAAACUGGGGUUUGUCAGCGUCAAGUUGCUCACCUCAUUCAAAAAGGUGAAACACUUGACUCGAGACUGGAGAACUACUGCUUAUGCUCUGAGACACUCAAAGAUACUUGAGCUGAACGAUGAGGGGCGUAAGGUGCGGCGUAAAUCGGCAGUACCGGUCUUUGCCAGCGAGUCACUGCCGAGCCGCAUGCUGCUGUUAAGUGAUUUGCAGAGGUGGCCGGAGCUGGCUGCUCUCACCAAGGAUAAUGGAGGGAGCGCGGGAGGAGCUACUCAGCAGGAGCAGCUGAUGAAGCUGUUGCUGAAAGCUUUCGGAACAUACGGCGCCAUCGCCUCCGUCAGAGUCCUGAAGCCUGGGAAGGAUCUGCCGGCUGACCUGAAGAGACUGAGCGGCCGCUACACUCAACUAGGCACUGAGGAAUGUGCCAUCGUGGAGUUUGAGGAGGUGGAGGCUGCUGUUAAAGCCAAUGAAGCUGUGGGGAGCGAGGAUGGAGGGGCCAGUUUGCUAGGGUUGAAAGUGGUCCUGAUUGGCACCAAGCCGCCCAAGAAGAAGGUACCCAAAGAACGACCACGCGAAGAGGGAGGGAUGCGCAAGAGUCGCUCGCUCAACAGCAGAGUACGAGAGCUUCAGUACCACGGGGAGGACUCGGCCUGCAGCUCCUCCGAGACUGAGAGCAACCCUACAUCCCCUAGGCUGGCCAGAAAGUCCCAAUCCUGCAACAAGCUCAGCCCCACCACUGCAGGCAUCAGCUUCCAGAACAAUCACCUGAGUCCUGGUAUGUCCCCACGCAACAGCCCUUGGUCCAGCCCCCGAGGCAGCCCCUGUCCUCAGCGCAAAUCUCCUCAUUCCCACAAGUCUCCCUUAGCCAGUGAGGGCAGACUGAGCCCUGAGCCUGGGCGCCGCUGGGCAGACUACUCCUCAGACAGUAGCCUCACCCCUUCAGGGAGUCCAUGGGUUCAGCGGCGUAAGCAGGUGGCAUCUCAGGAGAGCAGUCCGGUCGGGAGCCCGAUGCUGGGUAGAAAGAUCCAAAAUGCCGACGGCCUACCGCCAGGCGUAAUGAGGCUGCCCAGGGGUCCCGAUGGAACCCGCGGCUUUCACUGUGUCACUGUUGGUGAGAGGGGAAAGACUGCUGCUACUCAGACUUGAUCUGCGGAGCGUCUUUUUGCAUUCUAUGAUUGAUCGAUUCCUUAUCCCCCUAGAACCAAAAUGAUAUUGGAAUUUUGAGCUGUCCUUGGCCGCGUCGCUCAGCCCCCACCCCAUAUUUGAGACUGUGUAGAUAAAUUUUUGUUGAGUGCAUCAGUUUUCAGUCUUUGUUAUAUUUUUAUACGACAUUUUGAGUUACCAUGGUAACAUUAGUGAUUUACUAAUGGAAAUUUGAGUGAAUGUAAAUUGAUAUUGAGUUGAGAGAAAACUUUACAUACACCAUGUCACCUCCAUUGCUGUCUGAACUUGUUCUACAUGGGUCGGAGAAGGAACUCCACCUAUAUAUAUUUUUUUGUUUGUUUGUUUUGUUUUGUUUCCUUGUUUUUGUUUUUUUAAUUGAAAAGUGUCCUCUGUCUUGUGUGUAAAAGCUCACAUUUGUCUGUGGAUGGUGUAUACAUGUGUAAGUGGUGUAAGUUACAUAGGCACAUGGACCUGAUAGAGAUAUCACCAUCUGCCUUUCUGUAUUUGUCUACUGUGAGUUCCAUUUUUACAUGUUAUUUAAACUGAGGCCAUAAUCACUCCACUGCCAUAAAGGUUGGACAGUUAAAUGUGGACAUGUUGAUUUAGUUUUUUUGUUUUUUUAGUUUUUAUUUAGCCUUUUUAAUUUCAGUAUUUUCAGUACGCUUUGACACUUAGUUGGGAAGGGUGUCUUCUAGCCCUGUAAAUGUUAAUUUCUUCAGCAGGUAGAUGCUUUAUUUAUUUUUUUAGCUUUUAUUUUAUUUUUCUUUCUGGGCAUAAAUGUUUCCAUCAGUCUAAGCUCACAUUGAGGUUUGAGGGAUGUUCAGGUCAGGCAGAAUAGAUGCUCUUAUGUUCUUGCCUUUUACAUCUGAGCUUGGGAAUUUGUACAGUGCAAUUCCUAUUGUACAAAUAAAUCACUAAAAUUGCAA